AUGGGCACUCAAGAGGAAGAAUUUUCAGCUCGAGGUCACGAUAAAAAAGAAGAAAAAACGGUGGAUAAUCGUAAAAAAGGGGCGAGGACAGUUGAUCAAAAUGAGAAAGAACCUAAAACGGCAGUAGGGAAAAAAGGAGAUAAAUGUGGACUGAAACAGUCUCCAAUGUCUCCAGCAACUCCAACUCCAAAGGGGACACCGAAUAAGAUAAAGUGUGAGGCAACAAAAAAUGAAGCAAGUAAUAAAGGAAAGAAGAACAAUUCUCAAAUGGAACAACUGAAAGAUCGAUCUCAAAUGUCAACAUAUGGUUCAGCUAAUCCCAAAACAACGACUCAUGAUUUUCAAUGGUUGGAGGAAUACAUCACCAAAAUGCCAUGUUUUCACGGAUUCAUUGGGAGAGAAGAUUUGAUGUGUCUACUGAAAAAUGUUGGUGAUUAUCUUAUCCGAAUAUCAGUUCAAGCGAACAGGCAAGAAGUUGAAAAACGGAAGAAAAAUCAACAAGAUGUAAAGGUUUUGGUGAAUUUGAGUAGGGAGAAAUGUGCAAAAAAAGAAAAAGAACGAGAAGCAAAAGAAGCAAAAUUGGCUGCGAUUGGAGAUGUUGGACGACGGGAAUUUGUGAUUUCUGUUUAUUGCAAAGACAAAGGAACACAAUCACCCAACAAACCAGUGUACACGCCAAUACGUAACUUGGUUAUCAAAAGAGAUAAUGGAUUGAUUCAUGUCGAACCACUUAAAAAGUUCAAGACACUUCCUGAGUUCUUCGCACAUUAUCUGAAAAACACGGGGAUUUGUAAAGAGACUGACUUCCAACUUCUCAAUCCAAUCGGUCUCUCUAAUUGGGAGUUUGUUCACGAAGAUGUCGAUUUACAAGCGAAGAAAUUAGGGGAAGGGGCUUUUGGGGAGGUUCGAGUCGGUAAAAUGAAGAUCAAGACGACGAAGAAGAUGGUUGAAGUCGCAGUGAAGAUGUUGAAGAAUUCAGAUGUAGUGACGAGAGAACAAGUGUCUGAACUGUUGCACGAAGCACGUGUAAUGAGAAUAAUGGAUCACAAAAAUGUUUUGAGAAGUUAUGGAAUAGCAGUGGUUCGGGAACCAUUGUAUCUGAUGACUGAGUUGUGUGCUUGCGGUGCUCUUCGAGAGUAUCUUGAUGAGAAUAAAGAUACAGUAACCUUAGCCGAGAAACUUUCAUUUGUACUUGGUGCAGCACGAGGAGUUGAAUAUCUUCAUUCACAAAGAACGAUUCAUCGAGACUUGGCUGUUCGAAACAUUUUAUUAUCGGAGGAUAAAACGCCCAAAGUAUCAGAUUUUGGAUUGGCAAAAGUGACGGAUCGAUACGAAAUGAAAGAAAAGUGCAAGAUUCCGGUCCGUUAUCUGGCUCCAGAAACUCUUGAAAUUUUCAUUUUCACACCGAAAACUGACGUUUUCUCGUUCGGAUGCGUGAUUUGGGAAAUUUAUGAAAAUGGCCAUCAACCGCAUGACGGAAAAAAUGCGCAAACGAUUAGGAACUUGACCAAAAAGAGCCAAUUCCUCAAGUUGACCAAUUCUGCUCCAGCAGAACUUCGUAAGCUUGUCGGUGAAAAAGUCUUCACUGCGGAUCCAGAGAACCGAUGUUCCAUGACUACGAUUGUGCAGUGUGUUGAAAAUAUCGAGAAACCAGCUGCUGGAGCGAAGUGA